UUGAUACCAAGGAAGACCUAAUAUGAAGUUGAUAACCACUUGUUGUUCGUUGAUUGUUGUCAAUGGUUUUACGACUUGUAAUUUAUAUAUCUUUUGUGCAGAAUGUUUUUAUCAGAUGAAAAUAAUGAUAAUGGGAAUUCAAACGAUGAGGCCUAUUUAAAUGAAAAUGAAAUCUGGCCUAUUUCCGAGUGUAUAUUUUGUAAUAAAAAGUUAACUUCCAAAAGUGAAUUUAAACGCUCAAAACUUUUGCAAUGUUUACAUGCAAUUUGUUACAAUUGUUUUAUCGGUUGGGAUGAUAAAGUCGACAAGCAGUGCAGUGUUUGCAGUUUUUACUCUAAGAAGAAAGAUGUUACCGAAAACAAAGUUCUUGCUGAAAUGGUCACUGAUGAAGAGGAAACGUCUAAUGAAGACGUUUGUACCAUCCACAAUGCUCCAGUUACACACUGGUGUAUUGAUUGUGCAGAAUUAAUUUGUCAAGAUUGUGUAAAUCACCACGGACAGUUAAAAUCUACCCAGAAUCAUAAAAUUCAAACUCACAAGCAAUACCUUCAUGAUAAAUCAUGUUCUCAGAGAUCUAUUUUCCCUUGUAAUGUUCAUCCUCAGAACGACCUUUCAAUUGUGUGCCAUACUUGUAAAAUAAUGACCUGCCGUGAUUGCCAGCUUGAAAUGCAUAAAGAUCACAAAUAUGAUUUUAUAUCUGAUAGUGUGACCAACACUAAAACAGAAUUAUUUAAUAUAUAUAAAAAAGUGGAGUAUAGUUCAGUUGUGUUGAACUCAGCUUUAACAAAAAUUUCAGAAAGAGAGGAAAGUCUUGAGACAGUUAAAAAAUCACUUGUCUCAGAUAUAAAGAAGGAAUUUGAUUUAUUACAGGAACUACUAAAAAAAAGGUGUGAAAGUCUGAUGUUAGCGGCAAUAGAUAAAGCUAAUAAAAAGCUUGAAGACUGUGAAAUAAACAAAAGAGUAAUUCGAAAAAACUUAAAUUUACUUCAGCAUUGCUUGAAAUUUGUGAAAUUAGUUCUUUAUUCAAGUUCAGAUGCUGUUUUAUUUUACACAAAAGAUUUAAUUCUUAAUCAUCUGAAGCGUAUAAGCAUCACUCAGUCCAUUCCAAGUUCAGCUGAUGUAAUACAUUUGAAGUUUUCUACUGAAAAUAUAGAUGAAGCUAAAAAAAAAAUUGAGACUUGUGGUGCUAUUCACGAAAAUGAAGAUUAUGCCUCAGUUGAUAAGAAAUAUUUGUUUGCGGUAUAUUCUACUCUUAUGUCAAUAUACAAAGCAAAAGUUGACGAUUCAAAGCAAAGGAAAGAUAAACAUAGUUUAUCUGAUGUUCCUCAAUCAACUUCUUUACCUACAGCUGAGAAGACCUCUUCAUUUGCUUCUGUCGUUCAACAGGGCAGUCACUCGAGUGCAGCAAGAAAUUCUAAUUUAUCAGAAGAAAUAUCUAGGUUAAAGAAGCCUCAAGAAAUACAGCAACAGCAAAUGACGCCUCAGCUUUGGCAUAUUCCUGAGACAGUGUCUAUUCCCACGAAAGCAGCCUUACCUUUAGACUCCUCACAAAUCGGAAACAAUAUAAAGAGAGUUAAACUUCAACUCCAUGCUGGAAACAGCACACCAUCAAAUCCAAAAUCAUCAAAUAAUAGUAGCCCUGUAUCGUCUUGUGAUGAUGUCGAGAUCAUUGAUGAAAUUAUGACUGUUCUUAAUGAAAUGGAAAAACGAAAUGGACCUUUGCCUGGAUUAGGAAGACUUCCUGAACAGGUUUCACCACCAGAUUUUCAAAAUGAAUCUUGGUGCUCUGUCUGUUUAAAAGGAGGCGAUGUAGUUUGUUGUAAUAAUUGCCCUAAAGUUUUUCACGUGGGGUGCCAUAUUCCUCAUAUUAAAUUGCAAUUUCCUUCUAAGGAUUGUAUGUUCUCUCUGAAAAAUACUAACUGGAGGUGCCUUCUAUGCCAAGAUCUACAGCCACUUCAGUUAGAUGGUAGUAUUUCUUGUCGUGAAAAGUUACAACAAGAACUAACCAUAGCCAGUAGAUUGCUUCUUGAACUCUACUGUCAAGUUGAAGCCAGUAAUUCUUUUAGAUAUCCUAAUAAGACUGGAAACCAAACUAUAUGCCUUGGAGACAUUAAGAAUAAUCUGAUAUCUGGGAAGUAUUCAGAUAUUAUGUCAUUUGUGAAAGAUGUUAGAUAUAUGUUCGCAUGUUGCUUUCACUAUGAACAACAGGAUUAUAUGAAGAUAGCUCACUCCCGUUCCUUGGAAGAAAUGUUUAAUAGGCUCCUUUCACAGUUUGUCCCUUGUAAUAAAUGAAUGUUCCUAUAAUUAAUAAGUACAAAAUGUAAAUAUAUUGUUUCAUAAAUAAUUGCUGUUAAAUGCACAAAAUUAUUUUUAUUCUAGUGAAUUUUUUAAUUAAGAGAUAGCAUUACUUUUUCAAUAAAAACUUUUAUAGUUUGUUAAAUAGUUUAAAGUAUCGAUGGUGUCAUAUUUUUUAGUGAAUUUGUUAUUUUUGUUAGAUAUUAUGCAGUCAAUUUUUGCAUGUUUGUUUUUUAUGCACGGUACCAAUUAAAACUUAGACGUUUCUAUAUGUAUAUUUAUGAUUUAAGAGAAUAAUUUAUUUUAGCAAAUGAUUAAUUUUGUUUGAAAUAAAAUUUAAAUAUAUUUUAAAGCGUAUAGUCAUGAAACCAUUUAAACAAAACAUAAAUUGGAGGUUAAUACUAUUUUACAUUAUUUUUCUGCUUUAAAUAAAAAAUGAUCUUUAAAUAGACAAAGAGAGUGGAGUUCUUUAAAUGUCACAAUAUUAAUUUUUUAAACUAUUAUUUUUAUUUUUAUAUUUUCUAUAUGUAUAUGUAAUAAUUGAUAUCAGUUUCUGUAAACAAAUAAAAGCUCAUUUAUUAAUGUUUAUUUUUAAUUUGUUGGAAUCUUAUAUCAUGUCUUCUUAAUCAUCCAAUAUCUUUC